CGUGACUCUAUUUUAGUGUGAAAUGAUGCUAAAGCCCAACGCGCAACCACGGCGCACAGGCCAGGCAGCGUCCUCUGCCCCGCCACUAUCGCACUUGCAGGCAUCACAUCAGAGCGCACACCACUCACGCGUCGCGUCCGCUGUGGCGACGGCGUCCCACGCGAGCAACAAGAGCAGCCAUGGCAAAGGCCGCAGCACGACGCCCGCCUCGCCGCCCAAGCGCAGCCGCACAUCGUCCAGCUCCAGCGACGCACACACAGCGCGGGUCCAAGCAUCCAGCAGCGACGCCAUCAGUAGCAGCAGCACCAGCAGCAGCAGCGACCUCGACGACAGCGACGAUGAAGCCAUGCGUGCAACUCCGACACGGACCAGGAUUGCUCAGACCUCUUCUUCUGUCAGCGGGCGCGCAACACAACAACAACAGCAGCACCUGCUGCCACAGACAACAGCCACCCUGCCCCAGUCGCAAUCGCCGUCCACGCCCCACGGCGCAGAGAUUGUCGGCGCGUACAUUGUCGAAGCGAUUGCCGAACGCCAAUCGGGCAACCCACAACGGUACAAGGACUUGAUCGCCAAGGUGGCCAUGGCCAGGGAAAAUGCAAAGUCCGACCCGACCGCGAUGGAGCGCUGGCUCCAAGGCCUCACGGUGUGCGUUUCAGUGCUGAACGAGAAGUGCCAUGAGUUGGUCAACGCAGCCCUGUCGGUCGAAUGGGUUGGCCAAAACGACGAGUUUGUCGAAACCUACAUUGUCUUCCUCGACAUGUUGCUGUCGGCGCAUGCGUUCUAUGCCAUUCCAUCGCUCAAGCUCCUUGUUCGGGGAUUCUUUCCACGGUCCGACCUCGACACAAAUCUCACCUCGUCAGCUGCUGCAGUCGCUGCGGCUGCUGGUGCUGUUGCUGCUGCCGCUGCAGUUGAAUCUCACACGACCGAAGCCGCUGCCUCGCUGCACCAACCACCACCACCACCACCACCAACAGAGUCGACCGCUGCGAGCGCAGGCAACAGCGGACCGCUGCCACUGCCCGCCGACAACACAUUCGCCAUUGCUGCGCUCAACGUCGUGUCGCAGCGAACCCAUAUUGCCAUUUCGACCGUCAUUGCACGCGUGCCUACAAGUCUCGGGACGUUGAUGGCUGCCAUUUGCGACGCCUUCCCGCAUCGACGAAAGAGUGCAAACGACCACGAAGCCUUCCUGCGCAACAUUCUGGUGCUGUCGCUCUACAUUCCUCUUUUGCGCGAACAGAUUGUCGAGCUGACGAUUGAUCGAAUGCUCAAGAUUGAUGUCGAGAUUCCUGCCGAUCAAGACGACGACGCUGAUGAUGGUGACGACGACGACGACGAUGACGACGACGACGAUGAAGAUGAUGACGACGAGGAAGUCGAUGAUGAGAACGACGAGGCCGAUGAUGGCGAAGACAACGAGAGCGACGCCAACGACGAAUCCGACAAUGACGAGUCAGCCAGUGACGACAGCGACGACAGCGACGAAGACGGCAGCGCGGUCACUGCCCCCGAACGACUCUCGCCUGCGAUGGAGAUGGUCCAAAAGAUGGAUGGCAUGAUGCAUCUGCUUUUCGAGUACAUUGACACGUGUCGAUUGGCGGUCAGCGGCGACCUGAUCGUGUAUGAACUUUUCACGAUCCUGCUUCGCAACUUUGAGCACCGCAUCCUGCCCACCCAUCGCUCCCGCUUUGUGCAGUUCCUCCUCUUCCGUAUUUGCAGCUUUGAUCCUCGCCUGGCAGAGCUGUUUCUCGGCUUUAUUUUGCAAAAGGCUCUCGUGGAAGGUGGCCAUACGGCUAUUCGGCAGUCUGCUGCGUCGUACAUGGCCAGUUUUGUGGCGCGCGCCAAGUACCUUCCGCUUCCCAUGGUGUGCAAGUGUCUGGAGGUCUCCUGCAACUGGCUCUUGCAGUAUAUUGAAGUGCACGAGCAUAAGGUUGCUUCCGCAGAGCUCGUGAACGUUGCCCAGCACAGCGUCUUCUUCUACACGUGCCAAGCGGCCAUGUACACCUUCUGCUACCGGCAUGCCGAGCUACUCGCCCUUGAGAAUGGCAUUGCUUUCAUCCAGCGAUUGUGCUUCCAGCGAAUCGUCGGCUGUCGCUUCAACCCUCUCAAAGUCGUUCUUCCCUACGUUGUGAAGGAGUUUGCCAAAAUCACCCGAGCGUACGAACUCGUCUACUGCCAUAACAUUAUCGAUCGGAACAAGAAGAUUGUUCUGCCGGCGUCCAGUGUUCUCGAAGCCUUCUUCCCCUUCGAUCCCUAUUCGCUCCGUCGCUCCAAGCGAUAUAUUGAACCGUUUUAUCAGUACUGGAAUGCCGCUGCGCUACCAAACCAAGUGAACGGCGACGACGACGAUGACGACGACGAUGACAACGAUGAAGCCGCGCAAGACGACGACGACGACGACGAUGUCGAGGAAGAACAAGACAUGCUGAACUUGAGCACCGGCAGCAUCAGUUCCAACCACAGUCAAACGGCAGGGAGCUAUGAUGACUCCAUGUCCGCUGUAGCGAUGGCGUUGAACGGCUCGACUUAUGACGGUGGCAAUUCCAAGUAUCGUGCCAAUCCUCGCGCGGGCUCGAGUUUGCUCGGCGCUACCACCACUCCGGGUCUUGGCAGCAGGAGUUUUGCGCUUGGUGCCGGUUUGGCCAUUCCCCAAGUGGCACGCGACGUGUCGGCUGAGUAUGAACCGUCGUCGGACGAUAUGAUGAUGAUUACGCCCGAUGGACAUCAAAAUAGCGGUGCUGCCCUCAUGGCCAUGCACUUCCAGCAACAGCAACAAUUACAACGAGCAGCCAACUUGCCCGUCUUUUCGGCACCUGGCCGGCGCGCAGGGCGCAACUCGCGCGUCUUGUGAAAGCAGACUUGAUUUUGUUUUUGUUGUUUGUUUUUUUUGUUGUUGUUGUUGUGUGUGUUCGCAAUUCGUUUGUGAUUCUUGCUUUUCGUUUGUUUGGUGGGUCUUCAUUGCUUUGCCAAGCCCCCUUGCCUCUUCACACGCUUUGGUUGACUGGUUCAAUUCAUCGCAGUGAUGUGGGUCCUGUUGGUCUCGUUCGCUAG